ACAUUCCUCAUCAAUCAAUAUGAAAAACGAUCGUAACUCAUUACUCCCACCUCACAGAGGACCGAAUGUAUUGCCUAACAGCCCAUUGUUUGGCAAGCUCAUCCGUCACGCUCGACGUGAGCGAUUGGCUGUGAGAGACCUCCAGCUUGGUCUCGAGAAAACAUAUGGAGACCUCCUCGAUGCAGUCCUGACAUUCCGAGAAGUCGUCAGCGCCUCUUUGACCCCAGAAACGAAGCUUGCUUUGGAGCGAGGAGAUGAGGUCUAUAUUGGUGUCCUUGCUGCCGGAGGUUGGGAGUUCACAGUUGCAGUCCUGACUGCGCUGGCUCUAGGAGCUGCUGUUGUCCCAAUGUUAGAUGAGUUGAUCUACUUCGUCAACAAGUCAAAUCAAGUUGCAGUGCUGGCAGGUGUUCCGGUUACAUCACUAGCAGACAAAGUGGUCGCACAAGCCAAGACGAACAACCCUCAUCUGGUUUCGAUAUCCAUUUUGCCAAAUCUGCCCGUGGUGCCUACGAGAACUCCUGUGGACAUCUCAAUGUCAUCAGAUGCACCGUUGGACGAGAGAGCUCCUGGCGUUGUCAUCUUCACCUCCGGAACCACUGGUCGACCAAAGGGAGUCGUACACCGACGCGGCUAUACUCACGAGACAGCACUUGCAAUUGGCGAAGGCUAUGACAUCGACCACAAUGAUGUCCUGUUACACGCUCUUCCGGUCCACCACACAACAGGAUUCGGAACUUCAUUCUUCCCUUUCCUCUGUGCAGGCGCAUGUAUCGAGUUUAGAGGCGCAGCAAGCUUCGAUGCGAAAUGGGUCUGGGACCGCUGGCUUCAAGGCGGACUGACUGUCUUUUCUGCUGUGCCUACCAUCUUCAUGCGUCUGAAGUGGUACUUUGAACGUGAAGUUCAGAAACUUCCACUAGAGCAGCAGUUGCCGUAUGUGAAAGCUGCGAACCAGUUCCGCGCUUUCUUGUGCGGAUCAAGUGCUCUUCAAGACGGUGUUCAAGAUUUCUGGACAAACUUGAGGAACGGUUCCCCAAUCUUGACCAGAUAUGGAGCCACUGAGUUCCCGGGCUGUCUGAAAGUGCCAGCCGACAUGGAUCAUAGACUCUUGCCCAAAGGAUGUGUUGGUAUGACAGUACCUGGUGUCGAGAUCAAGCUUUCAGGUGGCAAUGAGGGCGAGUUGUUGGUCAAAACUCCAUAUAUGUUUGCANAACUGACCAUGAUCAGAUACCUUGGCGAUAAAGAGGCAACCAUCAAUUCACACGACGAAGACGGCUGGUUCAAGACUGGUGACAUCGCUCGUCGAGAUGGAGACUACUACACCAUCAUUGGCAGAGCUUCCGUCGAUAUUAUCAAGUCAGGCGGAUACAAGAUUUCGGCGAUCGACAUCGAGCGUGAACUCUUGGCUCUUCCAUACGUUGGCGAAGCGAUGGUUGUAGGCGUAGAAGAUGAAGAGUUUGGCCAACUUGUCGGUGCCGCAAUUACCGUCAAACCAUCUGCCAACAUCUCAGUCCAGACCUUGACGCUCAAGAAGUUGAGAGAUGACCUGCGAUCCAAGUUGGCCGGCUACAAACUACCGACCGUGCUGCGUCUUGUCGAGGGAGAGCUGCCAAAGGGUGGAACUGGCAAGGUUCAGAAGAAGGUGCUGGGACCACAGUACUUCCCCACGCCAGACUAUAUCAACAUGCCCGAGAUCCAGACUCUGAGGAAAGUAAAGAAAUCAGAGGUUCGAGCUAGGCUG